CACUCCAGAGUACAGAGUCUCUGUAGUCUUCUUCUUUUUCAGCAUGGGCCCUGGCAAAUUCUAGGCAGGCUUUUUUGUGCAUGUGCUUUAGGAGAGGCUUCCUUUGUGGAUGACAACCAUGCAUGCCAUUCCUCUGCAGUGUACGCUGUAUUGUGUCACAGGAAACCAUCACUCCAGUUUGACUUUCUACUUCUUUAGCUAACUGCAGUGAACAUGCAUGGCAAUUUUCUUCAACCCUUCUCAUCAGAAGAUGUUCCUGUCGAGAUGUUAACUUCCGUGAACAGCCUGGACGUCUCUGUGAGAUGGUUGCAGUUCCAUCUUUGUUAAAUUGUUGUAUUACUUUUGCUACAGUAUUUUGACUGAUAAGUAAAGCUUUGCUGAUCUUUUUGUAAGCUUUAC